AUGGGCAGCUUUCCAGCUCCGUGGACGGAGGCAGAACUACAGCCUUACAAGGAUUACCCGAUGCUCUACCUCGAGCGCAAGCUAGCCAAGUACACUACCCCCCGAAUGCGCAUCAGCUUCAUGGACGUUGACCCGGACGUGCGCAUCAUGAUCUGGGAGCACUUCCUCCUCCUCUCCCACCCGAUCGACAUCCUCUCCGCCGACACGCCCAGCCCCCCACACCAAUACCGCUCCCUCCGCCCUUACCUCGCGUGGAUGCGCCUCAACCGCGCUCUCCACGCCGAAAUCGCGUCCGUCUUCUACAGCCGCAAUGAGUUCCGCUUCACCAAGCCCGACCCGCCGCGCGCGCAGUGGCUCGUCCUGCACGCCUUCCUCAACACCAUCGGCCCGCGCCAUUGCCGCUUUCUGCGCCGCCUGCACGUCGACGCGCCGCUGCGCUGUGACGGCGAACGCUUCUGGGACCCGCUGCUGCUCGGCAAGCUCAAGGACGGCGUCAGGGCCGCCGCGCCCGGGUUGCUGCCCGCGCUGCUCGGCACCGCGGCGAUGAAGCGCCAGAUGGCCGUCACGCCGGCUGAGCGCAGCGGCUGGCGCACGGUCGAGGGUCACGUUGAUGGCAGCGGAUGGCGCCCCGACCACGUCGCGCGCGAGGCGACGUUCCGCAGCGUCUGUCGGCUGCUGGAGGCGGCGGCGGGCGCGCUGUGCAAGCUCGAGCUCGUCGUCAAGAUCGAGUGGCAGCCGUACGGGGAAAGCUAUUACACCCCCGUCGUCGUCGACGAUGACGGCGAGGAGAACGACAACGGCGCAGUUUGCUCCGGCGCGGAGUGCAGCGAGGAGGAGCUGGCGGACCAGGAACACUGCCGCCGCCAUCGCAACGCUUACGUCUGGGCGUGCCUGGAGAGGCUGCGCGCGGCGCUGCCGCAGCUGGAGGUCGCGGUCGUGCUGCAUCACGGCGACUGGGCGAGGCGGCGCUGGCGCAGGAAGCGGGCCAAGCUGCAUUUGCCUGUCUUGCGGGAGGCGAGGGAGAGGGGAUACAUUAUCGGGCACUCGAGUGUGGAGAUGGAUGAGGGGAUGUGCGAGCCCGUGGGCGACUACGUCGUCACGUACGACGAGUAUGUCAUGCAGGAUUCGGCACCCCAACGGCCGCUUUGA